CUCCCCGAUGUUUCCAGCGGCGCAGCAGGAGAUGAAGCGCAGCGGAUGCUGAGGAUGAGAGUCUCGCACAAGGUUAAAGGCUGGAGGCCCGUGAGAGACUAUGUUCAGAUGGAAACACUGAGUCACACGCCUGUUUUAUGUGACAGAUCUCAGGGGCAAAGGUGGAGACUGACCUCACUUCACGUGUGUGUGAAUGCAGGAGAGACAAGGGGCUUCUGGGAGGAUCUUUAAUGACCAGAGAUGUGCCACUUCAGAAGUGAUUUCACAACUACAGAUCCAACACCUGGCUCUGGUUCCUGUGGACGCCUGUCCCCUCCAGCUGACUGACAAAUAUGGCAAAGAAAGACUAUCUGCUAGAUGCAGCCCAACAGAUUCACAUGGCACUGGACCGAGAAGUCAAUGAAGACUAUGAGACGGCAUUCAGCUACUAUAAGAAUGGAGUCGAUCUGCUGCUCAAUGGAGCUCAAGUGGAUCCAAAUAAAGAGAGACGUGAAGUCGUGAUACGAAAGACCACUCAACAUCUGAAGAGAGCCGAGGAGAUCUUCAUCUCUUACUUACAAGACAACAUGUCUAAAGGAUCCACUCAUUUAGGGGUGCUGGCGGUUGAAAGUCUGAGAAGCAAGGAGACUUUUAUUGUUAAGGUAGGCAUUUGAGACAGACGUAUUGUAGUGUAUGGAUUCCUUUCAGAAAUGGUCUGACCACAGCUGUGUGAGUGCCUGCUGAAAUCAGGCCAGCCAGCUGGAUCCAGCUCUGGGAAUACACUUACAUAUUCUGUUAUAACUGCAAGUCUGUUUGGAUUGA